AUGUCUUUAUCAGACUUCGAAAGGGAUACCGUCCUGGUUGGUGCAGGAGACGUCCAGGGUUUCAACUCUGACAACAUACUCCCACUACCGGUGAAAGAACUUGCUAAAAUCACCAAAUGGCUUCAGCCAACUUCAUAUAAUUUUGAAAAAAGCGAAUAUUCUAGGCAUAGCGCCUCACAUCUUCUCGGUACCGGUACUUGGCUCACAUCGACCCAAAUUUAUCAACAGUGGCACUCUGAUGAUAAUGGCUUGCUGUGGCUCAAGGGCAUACCAGGGUCCGGGAAAUCUGUCAUGGCUGCUUCUAUAAUCAAGCAACUACAAGAAGCCAAUAUUCCGGUGGUCUACUUCUUCUUCCGGCAAAUCAUUGAAGCUAACCACAAGCCGAUCGUUGCGUUGCGAGACUGGCUGUGCCAAGUUCUGGACUACAGCCCGCCGCUACAAGUCAAACUACAAAACUAUGUUGCAAAAGGUCGAUCUCUUGAUAGUUUGUCACCAGACGACCUUUGGAGCGACCUCAUGAUGGCAUUGCACGGUUUCCCUAAGGUUUAUUGUGUAACAGAUGCUUUGGAUGAGAUGGACCGGGGAAAUGAUGAAUUUCUUAAGCGCUUGGUUGCCCUAGGCCAAUGGCGACCAAAGAAUGUCAAGGUUUUGAUGACCUCGCGCCCAAUAGCCCGCUUGGAGACUUCUUUGAGGUCCUUUUCUAUCCCGCAACUACGGCUAGAGGAAAGAUUUGUGGAUCUUGAUAUCGCAGCAUAUGUUCAGUAUAAGCUUUGUGGCUCAUCCAUCGCCAAAGAAAAUUGGAGUGCUAUUCAAGAGGCGAUUCCUGGUCGAGCAAAUGGGAUAUUCCUAUAUGCGAAGAUUUCCAUGGAUGUCUUCCUUGAGCCUGGCGCAGAUGUGCAAGAAGUCCUCAACGCACUACCAAUGGACCUGAACACUAUGUAUGAUGAACUUCUACAGGAGCAUGCUCGGCGAUCGAAUGUGCCCCCUGAGCUCCAACUCAUUAUCCUUCAGUUUGUCACCCACGCAACACGCCCACUACGACUUCUUGAGAUUGCUGAAAUGCUGAGCAUACACUCUGAAUACAAUCGGACCCUCAAAGAAACCAAAGACCUAGUCAGAGCUGCUUGCGGACCCCUUUUGGAAGUCUUGCCCGAUGAAACUGUAUCGGUCAUCCACCACACAUUCACCGAAUUUCUUAAUGGUUACACGCGAUCGAGACCCACGAACAACUUCGAGUAUCCGAUAUUUGAAGCUGGCUCAACCAAUUUGCGCCUUGCUAUGGCAUGUUUGUGCUACUUGCGGACAGGAUGUCUCGACAACAUCGAGAUCACAAAAAUAAUACCGAUGGAGGACUAUCGCCACUUCAAGGAUCGGAGGGAAAAGAAAACCAGAGAAUUGCGAUUACAAUUCCCAUUCUUAGAGUACGCCGCAAAUAACUGGUACAAGCAUGCCCACCGGGCAGAGGUAUCGGGAGUAAAUCUGGAAAUGUUCCAUGACGCUCUUGAUGCCCUUUUUGCAGACACCCUCCCGUACAAUGUUUGGUUAGAUCUGGCCUGGCCAGGCUGGGGAAUUGACGGCAUUACACCCCUUCACGUCGCUGCCCAAACUGGUCUGGCUCAACUCGCAAAACAUAUUUUAUCCAAACGCAAAAUCGCCGAGAAAGAAUCUGUGGCUUUGCCUAUAUACUGGGCAGCUUCGCACAAUCACGGAGAUGUUAUUCAGGUGCUCGUUGAUUAUGGAGCUGACCCAGAUGUUGAACUGAGCGAAGGGCUAAAGCCAUUGCAUCUGGCCGCCAAAUUGAACCACGUAGAUGCUGUCAAGGCUUUAAUCGCUGCUGGAGUCAGUCCGUUGACACCAAAGACAAAGGAAGACAAUCUACCAACGGGGGGAUGCGCCUUGCCCGACACUAGCACCAUAGGCGACACCCCCUUGAUGUACGCGUGCCAUGCUGGUCAUCUGGAGGCAGUGGUCGAGUUUGUUCCUAAAUUAAAGGCUGUAGAGGACAUGCACAGGGCACUAUAUUGGGCGGCCGAGAAAGGUCGAUCGAGCAUUGUGGAACUAAUUUUACAACAGCCUGGGGUUGAUGUCAACGUCAAGUUGCAAGGUGAAACCGCGCUAUUCGUGGCAUGCAAGAGUUCACAUCUCAAGACAAUCGAAGCCUUGAUCAAAAGUGGCGCUGAUCCUAACAUCAUCUGCGAAAGUAUCAAUGAAGACAGAAGCAGACGCUCUUCUAGGGCGAGCUCACCAAAGGAAAAGUCUUCUUCCGCCUGCGAAAGGGGAUACAUGGCACUUCAUGCUCUCUGUAAGAACAAGGUUUGGGGAAAACAGGCAUCCAGCCAAGCUGCCCAAUCUGUGAAGGUCCUUCUCCAAGCUGGCGCCAAUGUCCACGCUAUGGACCCCAUAGGCUCGACAGCUUUGCACUACGCACUCAAGUCGUCGAUCGCAUGGAUUAAGCCUCUGCUGGAUGCAGGUGCUGAUCCUGCUGCAGAAAACGACAAUGGAGAAACGCCUCUCCAUUCCCCAUCGUCGCUCGAAAAUGAAGCGCUAUCACUGCUCCUAGAGAGUGGGAAAGUGGAUAUCAAUAAACGCAGAGCAAAGGAUGGAAUGACGCCAUUGCUUUGUCGCCUUUCUCGUGUUACAGGCUACAAAUUUGAUGACCCGAAAGUGAUCGACUUUUUAGCCUACAUGCCCGACGUGAAUGCCACCGAUUCGAAAGGAGACGGUCCAUUGCACCUGGCUUUGAGGCGCCUCUGCCGCGACCAUGAGCUUAUUGACGCUUUGCUAGCCGCAGGCACCGAUCCAAAUUUAAAAAACGCAGUGGGAAACACUCCAUUGCACGAAAUGAGGAAUGGUGUUACUCAGGAAAUAAUGAAAAGUCUCCUUCUAGCCGGAGCAGAUCUUGAAACACGCAACAACAACGGUCAGUCGGUUCUUUUCGCUCAAUUGUCACCAUGCAAAGCUUUGCGUGAUAAGUCAAAAAUUCUGGGCCACCUCGCCAACGAGGGGGCACGUCUUGAUACGCGUGACUAUAAAGGUCGUACUCUGUGGCAUUGUGCCAUUGACAGCCUAGACACACUUUCUCUUCUCCAAAGCCUAGGAGUCGAUCCUCUGGUGUCAGACUAUGAUGGCAACACACCGCUCCAUGAAGUUGUCACUGAUAAGUCAUUGAAUAGAAAGCGAAAAGUAUUGGAGAGAUUGAUUGACAUGGGCAUGAACAUUAAUCAACGCAAUCACCAAGGCCGGACCGUCUUGCAUAUUGUCUGCUCAAGAGAUGACUUUGUAGUGAAUUGGGAUGGAGACACGGUUUACAUGGUCCUUGAUUACGUCCUCGAACAGUCUAGUGAAUGCUUAACAGUCAGUGACCACAAGGGUAUCCAGCCAUUACAUAUCGCUGCUACAAUCUCCGAAACCUUUGUUCUGAAGAUUCUCAACGCUGGGGCCGACAUUUGCGCGGCUACACAUGAGAAGAUGACAGUCCUUCAUCUUGCCGCGCGCGCACGUCAAUCUGGAAUCAUCGAUAUCAUACUAUCUCGAGCCAAGUCUCUUGCGGCGCAGAAACGCUUAGACUUUGUGAACAGUCAGGAUGAUGAUGGGCGAACUGCCCUUCAUUAUGCAUGCCGUUCUGGCCGACCUGAAACUGUGAAAUCCUUGCUUGAUGCUGGAGCAGCCUGUGAUGUUCUUGACAUCCACGGGCACUCUCCACUUGCAUUGUGUGGGGAAUUCGAAAAGGAAGCCUCGCUUUGGGAUCGCCGAAUGCCCUCAGCAAGGCCGCCAGGUACACGGCCAAAUAGGGGCCUCAAUGCAGCAGGUCUAACGCUGAAGGAUGACAUGCGUCCAUUCUUUGAUCGAGCCGAGGAUGAUACAGACCCCAUCUUUGGAAGAAUUAAUUCAGAGCAUGAUACAACACGAAUGGCGGAGAUUAUAGACCUGCUUGUCAAAUAUGGGGCUGAUCUUGAGAGCGACUAUGGAUCUUUAGAGUCUGCGUGGAAGAAUUCCACGCACCCUGAAUAUGGAUAUACACUCUCUUGUCUCUCACCCUUGCGGAUCCAAUCUCCCUCGCCACCUAUUAUUCGUUUUGGAGGGCACCCCACGGUUGAGGAUUUCGAUAGGCAGCUGCAAAUAUCAGUUGCAAUCAAUUGUCGCAACGCAAUAAAAGAUGCCCUCGAGAAACGCGGGGAACAGGAAGGGGAAAAUGGAAAGAAAUGGCACGUGGACCACCAUUUGUUCUCACAACAACGCUCAGCAGAGAACGCUUUGGCUUUGAGAUACUACGAUCUCUUUGAAGAUCUUUCAGGGGGAGUGGACAGCCUCCAUGUCCCCGAUUAUCACGGACACACAUCCCUGAACAUGCUUGCUCGAUGGGGGUUUGUUGAAAUUCUCGACCGUUUGUGUACGCGAGAGAUAGCGACGCAGCUUGACGGCGUUUACUGGGCCUCAAACCCAGACGAAAAUGACCUCCACCAGUGCAGUAUACCAUUGAUAAUGUCUGCUUGCGAAAGACAACUUCCCAACAUGGACGUCCUGAAACUGAUUGUUGAAGGCUUUGGAGUCAACGUAAAUUCGAAACGCACGAAGCGUAUUACCCGCGACAAGGGAUACUACCCAUCAACUACCACUGGGGUUUUGCAUGAACUUGCCGUUGGAAAAUUCUGGUGGCAUGUGGACAAAGCCUUGCCGUAUUUGAUCAAAAUGGGUGCAAACAUCAACAUUCAAAACAGAAAGGGAGAGACACCACUCAUCGUUGCCAUCAACUCUUCUCACCCAUUUUCCAAGGAAGCCUAUGAAGCUCUCAUAGUAGCCGGUGCGGAUGUCAAUGCGGUUGACACUGCGGGCAACACAUGUCUUUCACUGGCUGGGGACAAUAUGGAUAUCAUCAAGAUUUUGAUUGCACAUGGCGCUGAAGUCAGCCCGUCCGCUAUAGUCUCUGCUCUAGACCUUGAGAAGGUAGAAUUGCUUGAGGUUCUACUCUCUCGAAGCGGAAGUUCAAUAUUGAGGGAACCGCUUCCAGCACGGAUCUCCUACAGUACUAGGUCGGCUCAUUUCAAAACUGUCGGAUCCGGAACCUUGCCACUACUGUAUGCGGCUGCGUAUAGUGCUCACAGUGCUGGGAGGAGCAGACUGAACUCGAACAUUACAAUCAGGAAGCAAUCGGUGGAUAUACUUUUGAAGCAUGGGGCGGAUCCAUAUGCUACCUUUCAUAAAAAGCAAUACCAGGUUAUCGACCCUUGGAGUUCACUCACUGAGGAGCCAAGGGAGUUCCCAGUCACAACUGCGACUAUAAUUCACGAGCUUCUGGGUGAUGGUCAGAUUGUGGACCCAUUCUUCAACUUGCCGUCCUUGGAUACUGAGCGCCGUGAUGAGAAUGGCUGCACCCUGAUCUUAGCCGCGUCAAAGAAUGAUGGCAGUCAUGUAGGACCAUCCGACCAGAUAUUAAACUCUAUGGACUGCUUUGCAGAGCUCAUCAGUCGUGGGGCAGAUGUCAUGGCCCAAGACAACGAGGGGAGAACGAUCCUGCACCACAUCGGCCGCAGGAUCAUUGUGAGCUCUGCACUCCGGACCGCUGUGACAGCCAACCCAAGUCUCAUACACCUAGCUGACGAUGCCAAUGAGACGGCUCUUCAUUACGCCCUGCGUGACAAAUGUCCCGAAAUGAUUCAAUUCCUCCUGGACAAUGGAGCGGAUCUCCUCCAACCAGACAAAAAUGGAGACACAGCCCUCCACCACAUUUCCAAAUUCUUCAAAUUGGAUCAAGUCCUGUUCGAAAGAUUCAUCAGAGCAGGUGUCGACAUCAACGCGCGAAACAAAAUUGGGGAGACACCAAUAUUUGACCUCUUGAAGCAAAAUAAUGAGAACGUGUGCGGUUCAGCGGAAGACCAGAUAUACAAGGACUCCGCCUUCGAGUUCCUCCUGAAUUCUGGGGCUGAUGUUUUUGCCCGAAGAAAUGACGGAUCUACGCUACUUCAUCUCCUUGCUGGAAUUAAGCUAGAAGAUCCGUUUGGAAGCAAGCGCUCGGGAGAUAGACGCGUGGGUGUGAGACGUUUCAGGCGGCUGAUGGAUAUGGGCUUGGACCCUAUGACUGAGGACAAGAGACAGAGGACUAGUAUUGAUGUUGCAGCCGCGUGCGAGAACGAGCUUAUUUUGAAGUUGUUCAAGAGAGAGCCUAUGAAGUGGAAAUGA